AUGCUCGCCCAAUCUGCAACCCGAGCCAGAAUGGCCACCUCCGUUGCCCGCCGCGGCUUCCACACCACCCAGCCUCAGAUGUCCAGUCCUUUCCACUACCCUGAGGGCCCUCGCACCAACCUCCCAUUCAAUCCUUUGACCAAGCGCUUCGCGUGGAGAUACUGGGCAUUCAUGGGUAAAUUGAGCUUCCUGAAUGCUGUAUAUUUUGGAGACAAGAUACCAUGA